AAUAUUUUUUAACAAAUGUGAAAAAUAUUUUUUUGGCUCUUUUUUCGGCAUCGAAACAAAUGCUGCGUAACACAGGUACCACAAAAGCACAGGCGGAGGAUCACGGCGUUCUAAUUAUAACAACACUUCUCGUCGUCUCGUUCCUAAUUUGUCUCCUAUGCAUACUCUAUCACUCCAGAAGAAAACGUAGACAGCAGCUUCAUCAAUUGGGUCUGCAUCGUAAUGCUCACUAUGAUUCGCAAACAAGUGCCACGGGUCUCAACUCCAGUCGUCGUCAUCUGCAGAGCGGUGGUGCAAGUAUUGCGGGUAGUUUACAUGGUCUAAAUAGUGGCACUCUCAUCAUACCACCAGCACCACUGCCACCACGUGCCAUACAUCAACCACCACAUAUUUGCAUAUCGGGUUCUAGUCUCGAUUUGGGACCCGGCAACUAUCCCGGAAUACUCAUCAAUGGCGACUCACUGGAAGAUUCAUCAUCGACCUCAAACGAUUCCAUUGGCAGUAUACCAUUUCUAAACGAUUGUGAAACGGAAAAUCUGGGACAACAUAUGAUGCAGGCCCAUGUUGGAGGUGCUGUUGUAAUAGGUGGUGGAGAAACCGUUUAACAUUUACAAAAAACUCUAACAAAAUUAUUUUAUUUAAGAAAAUUUCAAAACAACCGGAAAUCAUUUGUUUAAUUAUAUUUAAUUUUUAAUCUCUUUUAAUAUUUAAGGGAAGCUUGUUUUAAAUUAAAUUACUAAUGAUUAUUGUUUUAGAUAUAUUUAGAUAUUUUUAGAGACAAUUUUUAAUUUUUUUUUUUUCCUUAUUUUAAUACAAUCAGGAGAUGUACGAAUUCUGAGCAAGCAAAAAAAUUGAUAAUUAUAUUCAAAAGAAAGUAAUACAAUUCAAAAGUUAACAAUACCCAAAAGACAAAUGCAAACAAAUAAACAAACAAAAAAUAAAAACAAUUUAAAAUUAAGAAACUAAUAAAAAAAUAAAAACAAAAGGAUUCUAUAUAUUAAAAAUAUAAACGAAUUGAAUGAACAAAAACAAAAUAAAAUGAUAUAAGAAAAAUUUUUAACAAAACAAAAUGAAUCAAUUUUCAAGAAAAAGAUAUUAAAAUUAUAAAAAAAAAAAAACAAAAUUAAUUAUAUAGUAGAAUAUGUUUGAAUGAAAUUGACUACAGCAAGAGCAAACAAAACUACAAACUGAAUCACUCAAUUUCCAAACUAUAAUUCAACAAUAUAAAACAAAUUCAAAUACGUAUAACAACACUGAAUGGAAAAAUAAAAAAUAAAGAAAACUAAAAAAGAAAUACCAAAACUAAAUUUCACAACUGACUAAACUAAACUAAAUAAAACAGUUUAAAUGAAUUAUAUAAAACAUAAAUAUUGUUGAUUUUUAUAUUUGAUACAAAUAAUAUUCUUAAAUAUGAUUAGGAAACAAACUGAAAACAAUUAACAAGAAAUCAUAAUGAGAACAAACAAACAUAAACUUUUUGCAAGUCAUAAGAAGAGAUAAUUACAUAUGUAACGUUUUUAAUUCAAUACGAAAAGAACAACCACAACAACAAUUCAAUAACAAUAAUAAUUAAUAGUUAAUAGCGAAAACAAUAUAUAAACAUACACCUACAUAAUUCCAAAAAAAAAAAAUACACCUAACCAGUUUGAAUAUUUUUACAUUCCCAUCCCAUAACAGCAAACGUUCCGAAUCAUAUACAUUGAAUAUACAAAUAUUUGAGAGGAAUUCAUAAUCUACAUUUCUAAUCGGUUGGUGAUCUUUAAAAUAUUUCUUGCAAUGUUUCCUCGUAUUACAAUAACCAUUGUGAAAACAAAUUAUGCAUCCAUACUUUGUAUUGCAUGUUUUGUUUUGUCUCAAGUGACACGGAUUUGAAAUGUUUUGAAAUUAAAACAAAGUUCUUGGACAAGAUACUGUAUAUUCUCAUCUUCAAAACUCGAUAAACCACAAUGUCAGAAGGUAUUGUUAUAUGGGGACUGAUAUGCCCAUGUCAUUAAAUUGACAUCGAUUUUUUGGAGGAUAAAAAUAUGUUUUAAAAGGAAUAAAAUAAUACACAUGCUCCUAAUCUUAUGUUUAAAAAUGAUACAAAUAGACAUGGAAAAAAAUCCGCAGUUAGUAUGUUCCUUUUUUGGAUAAAUAUUUCAGUUAAGGUUAAAGAAUUCACUAAAAUAUGUAAUAGAUUUGAUGUGUUUUUUUAUAUUUUCGCCUUUUUGUCCAGUCUUGAAUACAAAAUAUUCAUCCAUGGCCGCACUUAGGGCCAGCUAAGCUAAUUUCGAGAGCUUUCAGAUUUACAAUCAAAAAUAUUACUCCGAUUUCUAUGGUUUCCAAUUUGAAGUUUGACAUGACAUUAGUUUGAAUUAUCAAAGGGCGGAAGAAUCCUUCUAACGAUUUUUCAGUAUUAGAAUUGGGCUUGGACUCGACCGUUUUUGAUUCUUCUCUAUAGUAUAGCCGCUUUCCCAAGGCAUGAUCUUGGUUACAGUGUUCUGUUAUAAAACCUCUUAUAAUACACAUUUCCAGCGUGUUUCUACACUUCAAACACACCAUGGAUUUAUAUAAUAGAAGAAGCUUCUGUCUCUCUGUUUAUAUAUAUUCACAGGAUCAUCAAGCACAACUAUUCCGGUGACUAGUAAAUAUAUGACCGUUCUCGGAAAUAUUUUGAAUGUUCAAGAUAUCAUAACAGUUUUAAUUAAAUUUUUUGCACUUUUGCAUUUCAAAACUUUUCAAACUUGAAUUCCUGAAUCGUUCCUGAAUUCCUUUUACCCCAUAAACAAUACACGCAAUAAAAUCAAUACAUAUAUAUAAAUAAACCACAAACAAUUAUACAUGAUUAAAAUGCGCUCAAAUAUUGGUAUAAUUUUAACGAAUUCCACCAAAAAUUGUAUCAAAAAAAAAUAAUAAAACAAUAAAAUCGAAUUAUAUUAAUGAAAACAAAUUAGUGACUAUCAAAAUUGCAUCUUCCAAAAAAAAAACAACAACAAAAGAUUAAAUAAAAUUGAAAUAAUUUUACAAAUCAAAUAGAAUAAAAAUCUUACAAACUGAUUAUCAAAAAAAAGUUGCAACUAAAAGCUAAACAUUUUAGUUCUUAAACAAAAAAAAAUAUAAAAAUCAAUUUCAAAUUUUUAAAAAUUUUUAUAAUAUUUUACCAAGUCCACAAGAAAAUAUGUUUAAAUUAAAUCUGAUUUAUAAGAAUCUCAAAGAAAACAUUGCAAAGGGACAAAAAUAGAUAACUAUAAUCUCUAUUUCUCGGGAGAAGUUUUGUGGUACAAAAUCUUUCAGUGGCGAUCGUAAGAUAUUGUCAUCGCCACUGAAAGAUUUUGUACCACAAAACUUCUCUUAAGAAAUGGAGAUUAUAGUUAUAUAUUUUUGUCAUUUUCACUAAACUCGGCCUAUUUGCCGUGAUUAUUCAUCUACUAUUUGACUGAGGCUUUUAAGCAUUUUACGUUAAAUUCCAGUUACUCAAUCCGAAUGCUACAUUAAAAAUCUGUACUGGCGGUUAUUCUCAAAGUUAUUUGUGAUCACAAUGAUUUUCUAUUUUCUUGUGCAUCUAGAUCAAUCUAGAAAAAUACUCGUGUUUAAAUUCGACCGGCCUAGGUUCCAAAAUAAUGAAAAUUGCUUUUUUUGUUAGUCAUCGAAAACUGUAAAGCAAAUAUCAGUAUAACUGAUCUUCCAUUCCCACGGCCUUAGUUAUAUGCCCAACUUUUAAAAAUGCGAAGAAUAGAAGAUUGAGAAAUGCGUCGACUGCAAUCACAAAGUUUUAUGGGUGAACUGUAACAUCAAGUAGCACUAACAAGAAUUCUCACUAUGGUGAAAUUCCGAUUUGUUGCUCCGACAAACCAGAGAAGUUAUUACACAAUUUAGAUUAGGGGGAUGCAACAAUCCAAAUUUGUAUUGUUCUCUAUUUGAUAACACAAUGCAGAACACCUGCCCAGAAUGUGGCACUAACAUGCGAAUUAAGACGUCAGCGUUUUCUGAAAAUAUCUAUGCUAAAGUGAACCUAGUUUUUUUCUUACAACUAAGGUUAUCCGGCCAAAACAAACCAGACCUCUGAAAAACUCACUCGAAACCGAAGCAUUCCCGGGAGUAAAAAAACAAAACGAGCAAACUUUAUUUUUCGGUUUUGCUCACAUAAGGGCGAGCAGGCUUUGCUCGUUUUAGAGUGGAAAUAAAAUUGGUUUUUCUCAAACCUAGCUUGCUUGCUGCGAAAUAAAACCAAAUAAUUGGAAAGCAUUGUCGGUAAUUUGUACCAACAAAGCAUAUGAUAACUUUUGGCACACUUUUUCGAGCACUGACUCAGGAGCGCUUCCACCCGUAUAAAAAUCCCUCUCCAAGUUUCAAUACCGAGUGAAAAUAGAUGCACAAAAUGCAAAACAUGUUUCUGAAGUCGCUAUACCGUAGCAGACAAACUCAUUCCCAAUAAACUACAAAGGAAUAAUUAAAAUCUAUUAAUUACGUAAAAAAAGUUAAAAUGAAUACGUUAAAAAUAAUAAUAAAUGUUGGUAGUACUAAAACAUAAAAACAAUUAUAAAAAAUAAAAAUCCAAUUAAAUUAAAACAAUAACGAAACAACUGAUGUACACAUUUUAAACACUUUUUAUAAUUAUUUUUUUUUACAUUUUUUAAAAAAAGGAGAAAUUAUAAUUUUUAAUCGGACACCCCGAAAAACAAAAAAAAGUUAUUGGUUUCAUAGAGCACUUACGUUUUGCAAUAAAAUAAUAUUGAAAUAAAUAUAAACAAGUACAUGUUAAGAAAGGUCAACUAAAACAGUAAUAAAAAAGAAAAACAAAAAAGUUAAUAAAAUUGUUGUUAAAUUAAAUAUAAAUUAAAAUGAAAUGAAAACUAAACUUCAAAAAUAUUAAGCUAAGUACUAAGCCAAUAAAAUCAACAAAAAAAAUAUUAAAACAAAUUUCUGUUGAAUUAAAAAAAAACAAAUGAUUUUUUUAGGUUUUCAUUUAAGCAGAAAAAUAACACGGAAAUGGCUUCCUUUUGAAGCUGUUAUUUAAAUAAAUUUAAAAAAAUGAAAUAAACAUUGUUAGAAAAUUUUAAAUAAAAAACACAAAAUAUAAUUAAGUGAAUUAAAAAAUAAUAUAAAACAAGGAAUCUUCUUAAAUUUAAAAUACAAUAAAAAUGGACGAAAUAAAAAAUACAUAUUUAAACUAAAGCAGAAGUAAUUGCAAAAUUAACAAUAAACCAAUUUCUCAAAAACAAACAAUAUUAAUUCAACAACAAUGGAAGUAAACUAUUAAAUUAUACAUAAAGAACUACAAAAACAAGCCCUAAUAUUACAAAGGCAAACCCUGAUGAAAAAUCCCCAAAACUAAUUAAAUAAACAACUAAAUCAUGUUAACAUUACAGAUAAAUAAAAGAAGUAUUUAACGAAACGAAUUGAAAAUGAUCAUUGAAUAAUUAAAACUAAAUUUGAAAAAAAAAGAAAAAACCAACAUAAACAAAACAGGAAAUCACACAACAAUUACAUAAAUGUUUAGAAGAGAAAAAAAGGAAACUGUUUUUAUUUCAAAUGAAAAACAAAAACUAAACAACAAAAACUGUUUGUCAACAUUAUGUUAUUUAUAUAUUAUAUAAUAAAAACAAAUUAAAUCCCAAAGAACCCCUUUCACAUAACAAAUACACGAUAAACACACACACACAACUUCAAAACAUGUAUGUAUGUGUACGUUAUUAUAUAUCGUUUUUAAAAAAAGAAAACCCAAACAAAACCAUACAACAAUGUUAAAAAUGAAAUCAAUCUAGCAAAGAUUAUUGAUUGAUUUAUCAGUUAUUAUAAUUAUUAUGAUUAUUGUAUACAAACAUAUAUAUUUUAUUUGAUUACAUUACAUUUAUAUAAAUGAUAUUUUUGUUAUAAUUAUUAUUAUUAUUAUGUAUAUGUAUAUUUGUAUUAUUGAGAUUUUAUUUGAAACAAGUGCUUGCCAAAAACAAAUAUUCAAACAAAUUGAAAUAUUGAGAUGAAAAGUAAUGAAACAACAACAAAUUAGCAAGUAUUUUGAAAACCAUUAAUUUUAAAUAAAUGAAGAAAAAACUAAAUGAAAAACUGAAAUAUUUAAUUGAAAA